AUGGCAGACCAUCAACCCGUUACGCCAGAGACGAGUGGUAGGAGACGAGUCAGCCCCUUGAAUCCUUCGCCGAACGCCGAGUCGCGUCUGGCUAUGGUAGAAGCGACGGAGGCUGCGCGCGAUGAAUGUCCGAAUAGUAACGUCGCAGACUUCAACGACUGUGAAACCAGGGAAGCGGAUGGCCGUCGCGGUCAUGAAGGAUCGUCGUCUGAACCGUCAGAUGAUGUUGACGCUCGUUCAUCGCAGAAAUCAGGAAGAGCUGCGAGCGACCGCGAGACGAUUUCGCUCGGAAGAUGGCGUCUUCUCCCAUGGAUGAGCAGCAAGCGGCUGUCGGCCGUCGCAGCGUCCAUCCGCAAAUAUUUCUCCGUCGAUCGAUGGCACGAGGUCGAACGGUCAUGGAUUGACUGGGCCUUCAGCGUGAAGCUUCCUCCGUGGUUCCGCCGCCACGUCACUUUCUACCGCCUCCACGUCGCCUGCUUUGUCGUGCUCAUCCUCAUCGGCACGAUCAUCAUGUGCCUGAUUCCGGGCGGCCCGGCCGGCAAAAUGAGUUUCAUUGACACGCUGUACAGCGUGACGUCAGCCACGUGCCUGACUGGAAUGAUUAGCGUUGACGUUAACAUGUUUUCUGACGGAGCUAACGUUUUCCGUCUGCUGCUGAUGAUCAUCGGCAGUCAGAUCACGACGUCGCUCGUCCCCGUGUACGUCCGUCGCUUCUUCUUCCACCGCUACCUCUACCGCGAGGGCUACGUCACGCGCGGCGGCCGGCGGAGCGAACCCGUCGUGACAGUACGCAGCGUGGAUGCGGGGGGGGUGGAUGGGAUGACCGAGGCUGGCGGGGAAGGUCUGAAGGUGUUGGAGGAGGAGGAGCGUCGCGUAUCGGAGGACGACAAGGCUGCUGACGCUCGAGAUAAUGCUCCCUCCGGCAGCAAGACAGAGGAGUCAGAUGCGGUAGCGGUGGGUGGAGGCAAGGUAACCCACGUUCAUAGCGACCCAGCUAAGGUGUCCCCGAUUGGGUCUCACAGCACGAGCAGAGGGAGGGACGGAGCUCUCGUGAUUCCCGUUAAUGAUGCUCCAGCGGGGUCCGACGUGGACGCCACGCGGCAAGACUCCAGCCAGAAUGGUCCGAGAUCUGCUCGCGCUGACGUGGACGCGUUGCGGCUGGACAGCAGCCAGCACGGGCCGCGGUCGGCGCGGUGGGAUGGAGAACGGCGCAUGUGGGACAGUCCGCGGGGCGCACAGACGCGCACAACAUUGACUCCGCGGAGGGCGUUCGGGCUGGGGGACGCGCUUGAGCGGACGGUGGGGCCGCUGUCGGGGCGGUACCAGGCGGGGGAGGAGAACGCGUGGCACACGUGGUCGGGGGACGUGGCGCGCGCGGAGGGGCAGCGGCUGAAGCUGGCGCUGGAGAUCAUGCGCGUGCAGCAGCAGCAGCGCGACAGCGAGCAGCGGCCGGGGCUGUUCCUGCAGCGCACCCUCUCGUCCAGCACCUGGCGCACCGACGACAUUGAGGGGACUAGCGCUAACGCUGACGCUGAACUGCUGCCCAUUGACCCGGGUGAACGAAGGUUCCUGGAACUGAGGGCGCUGGAGCUGCUGAGCUGGCUGGUGCCCGUGUACUUCCUGGUGGUGCAGGCGGUGGCGGUGCUGCUCAUGCUCGUGCUCGUGCACGUGUCGCCCUCUGUCAGGCAGGUCCUGGACCGCAACAGCGUCAACUCCGUCUUCUUCUCCGUUUUCCAGGUGGUGUCAGCGUUCAGCAACACGGGGCUCAUGCUGCUCAACAGCAACAUGAUGGACUUCAACAGCAACGUGCCGAUGCUGCUGCUGCUCUCCCUCCUCAUGCUCCUCGGCAACACCCUCUUCGCCCCCACGCUGCGCGGCCUGCUGCUGCUGCUGCACCGCGCCGCCAAGGGCGAGCAGAAGGUGCCAGCUGCUACCGCCCACUCCGUGGUGUACGAGUAUCUGCUGCAGCAUCCGCGCAAGUGCUACACGCACCUGUUCCCGCGCUCGUCCACGCUGUGGCUGGUGGCGACGGUGGUGGCGUUCAACAGCAUCGAGUUCAUCUUCUUCUGCGUCUUCGACUGGCACUCCACCGCCCUCGACGGCCUCUCCAGCAGUACGAAGGUGCUGGUGGGGUAUUUCCAGUCCAUCUGCACGCGCACCACAGGCUACAACGCCGUCGUCCUCGCUCUGCUCUCGCCACCCAUGCUCGUGCUCUACAUCGGUUUGAUGAACGUGGCAGUGUAUCCGGUGUACCUGGCGCGGCAGACGUCGAGGGAGCAGCGCGAGGUGUACGACGACGAGGACAUCGGGGUGUUCUACGAGGACCUGCAGGAGGGCGUGCUGGACCCGGGCGUGCUCACGCAGGGCAAGAAGCUCUUCCUGCACGACACCGCCCUCAUCUUCUUCGCCAUCUUCCUCGUCUGCAUCAUGGAGAGCCCCAUGAUCACCAGCGACCCCGCCAACUUCUCCAUCUUCAAUAUCAUCUUCGAAAUCAUGAGUGGCUAUGGCAACGUGGGCUUCUCUCUCGGCUACACCUGUCCAGAAGACGCCCCCGCCGGCUGUGUCUCCCCGCCCUACAGCUUCUCAGGCGUGUGGCGCACGGAGGCGAAGGUGGUGAUGGUGCUGGUGAUGCUGCUGGCGCGGCACCGCGGGCUGCCCGACAACAUCGACGCCGCCAUUGUCAUCCCCGACCAGAAGCAGUUCCAGUCCGCCGCCAAGGCUCACGACGCUGCCGCAGGCGCCGGCGCAGCAGAGCGUGGCGACGUGGAGAGCAUUGCAUCAUCAGCGAGGAGAGGCGGCAAGGGGCCUGUGAUUCCACACAAGGCCAUGAUGCGAGCUAACAGCAGCAGCCAGAUACUGCUGGGAAGCAGUAGUCGCAGGGCCAGGUAG